AUGGAAGCAAAGGCCCUCUUCACCCUUCUCCUCCUCUCAUUGCUGAGCAUAGAUGGAUAUUCGGUGACUUUCAACUACUUGAACCAAUGUGUCCACUCGGUGUGGAUUGCUGCCAGCCCCGGAAUUGGAGACACCAUGCCUGAGUAUGGACCUGAUACGCUCACGAUAUUCGACACUCCAGAUGCAUGGAGUGGCAUGAUUUGGGUUAGGACCCAGUGCACCACCAAUGCCUCAAACUAUUUUUCAUGCGAGACGGGUGAUUGCGGAACCGGCCAACCCGAAUGCCAAGACCCACCGCCGACUUAUCCGGUGACCCUACUGCACUUCACCAUUGACCACUCGUUGGUCUCCUAUGAAGUGAGCUUGAACCACGGCUACAAUGAUGUCCCGGUUCGGAUCCAGCCGGACGGUGGGACUCUGGUGGGUGGGUCAAGGGCAUGUCCUGUUGUUGACUGCAUCCAGGAUCUUAGCAAUGCAUGUCCGUCCACUUUGGUGGCGAAGAACAAGGCGGGGUGGGCGGUUGGGUGCUUUAGCCCAUGUGACGCAUUCAAGGAUCCCAAAUAUUGUUGCACUGGAAGUUAUACCGGACCACAAUGUCUACCCAAUGAGUACUCCGAGACCUUCAAGCAGUUGUGCAACCUAGCCCAUACUUAUCCGAGUGAUAAGGAUCCACCUUUUUACAAGUGUAAUGGAGCUAAGGCAUAUAAUAUAACAUUUUGCCCUUUUUAA